CAAUGAUUACAAUAUCUGUUUUACUUUCCUUCCAAGUUACUAGCCGCCGCCUCCAUCUAUAUAUUUCCUUCUUCCCAACCCACUUUCCAAAAACCUACCGCCUCCCUCAAUCGCGCUACUCUUCUUCGUCUUCUUCUUCGCUAAUUGUGUCCCACGUCUUCUGUUUCCAUUUUUAUUCACCAAUCAUCGCCGCGUCUCAGCCCUCUUUUCAUCAUCGUCGCGUCUCUUUUCCGGCCUCUUUUAUCAGCGCAGCGCCUCAGCCUCCAGGGUUUCUGCCCUCUUUUUCUUAAUCCUUAUCACCGCCUCAGCCCUCUUUUAUCUAGCACAAAUAUGUUUGUGCCUCUAGGAUUUCGGUUUAUCCCCACAGAAGAAGAACUCCUCACACACUUUCUCAGAAGAAAACUGAAGCAAGAAUCGUUGCCUUACGAGGGUGUAAUUUUGGAGCGUGAUGUUUAUGGCGAGGCACCUUGGAAUGUAUUUACGGCUGAAGAUACAUGGCAUUCAUUGAAAUCCAAUGAAUUUGUUAUCUAUGUCUUCACCCAAUUGAAGAAAAUUGACCGUGAAAAGAAGAGAAUUGUUCGGAGAGCCGGAUGUGGGACAUGGGAUGGCCAAACCGGUAUCAAGAACAUUUAUAAUAAAGAGAAAGAGCUUAUUGGAUUCAACAAGAUGUUGAGUUUUGAAGUAGAUGUGAAGAAAGAUGAGUUCUUGAUCAUGCCAAAAGGUCAUUGGACUAUGCACGAGUAUUCAUUGGGCGGUGUGAGUUUGAAUGGGUUAGAAGAAGGCACUCAUGAUUAUGUAGUUUGCAAAAUCAAAAGAGAUGAUUCUAAAUAUCUCAAGAGAGCACCAAAGCAUCAUGCUCAUGAAGUAUCCAAAGAAAAAAACCCUAGAUGUUGUAAGAAGAUGAGAUAUGAUCAUGGUGAGGUCUCUACAACUCCACAAAACAUUGAUCAAUCUGUGUCCACAGUAACAAUAAUGGACAGUCAUCCUGAUCAGUUGCUUCCACAGAAACUACCCAACAAUACACCCUUUGAUAUUCAGCCACUGCCAACACAUGAUGAUGAUGAGACUGCAACAGUCUUUGAUCUGUCCAACAUCACAAUCAACUCUUGUGAUAUGCAGCAGAUAGACUCAUUUUUUGACAACUUAGAUGCAACUGCAACCUCCAAUAAUCAGCCGCUGCUACCACAUGAUGAUGAUGAGACUCAUGCAUAUACAAUAGCAGCAGAAGACUCGUUUUUGGAGGACACUGAUCCAGAAAUGCAUGAGCAACUCAAUGCUUUAUCUGAAUUUCUUAUGAAUGAUGAUGAGCCAUCACUUUCAGUCGGCAACAUCGAUCAACUCCAAGAAAACUUUUGGCUAUAUUAA